AUGUCAUCUGGUCAGAAAUGCUGCCCCGAAUGUGGUGGUCUGUUUAUAAGUGAGUCCUCAUUAAGGAGCCAUCGACGAAGAGUUCACGACGUCGUUAAGAAAACUCUUUGUUGUCCUGCGGAUGGAUGCAAUGAAAAAUCUACAAAGAUAGCAAAUCUUGUCGAUCAUCUUAAAGCCCAUCACAUGUUUAUUCCUCAGUAUGUCAAUGAUAUAUUUAAUAGCGAUGGAUCUUUUCAGGUUUGGAAAAAAGAAAUGGAAUCUUUUAGUAGUGUAAAGUUUAUCUGUGGUUCUGGUUUGCAUAAAACCAAUAGCUCGAAUCGAACAGUGAGAUUAUACUGUCGCUAUUCUGGAAAACCGCGUCGCAAACGAAAUACUCAAAUUCAGCCGAUUAGGAUGCGCGAGUCUGUAAAAAUCGGAGCGACCUGUCCAGCAUAUAUCAAUGUGCAUUAUAACGAAGAUGGUACUGUUGCUGUCACGUCUCAAGUAAAUCAUUUUGGACAUGAAUUCGAGCCAUUUUAUUUUUUGCAGCCUAAUCCAAUAAUAGAUAAAAUUGUCGAAAUCAUUGAAACCAGUUCUUUUAAUAGAGAAAUUACACUGCAAAAGAAUCAUAUGUUGCAAGUUGAAGAAGCUAAUGAUAAAAAUGCAAGUGAAUUAUGUGUGGAAUGUGGGCAAAUAUUUGGGAAAAAAUUAAUCGCAGAAAAUGAAAAUCAAGGUUUUGAAAAAAACAAAUGCAAAAAAUUCAAUUUUCAAUCUCAUAUUCGUGAAGCGUUUGAUUAUCAUAUGAAAGAGGUACAAGAUGGCUUGGAAAAUCUUGCUAAUGACGGGUAA